CUCCGUCCUAUAAUAUGUGUCAUUUUUCGCUUUUCGAGAGUCAAUCUAACAAAUAUCCGAAGCUAUAUUAGAUUAUAUAAUUUAAUAGUUUAUUAUUAAAAAUUUGAUAUUUAAAUACUAUAGGAAAAGUGCUAAAAAUUAUAAUUCUUCUCACAUCAAUAUUAUGAAAAAUUCAUUUGAAAAAAUUGGUCAAAUAUUUUGAAUUUCGAAAAGCAAAAUUUGAAACAAUUUAGUACGAAGUGAGUAUUAAAAUAAAACAGUCAAUUGGGUGCACGAAAUAUUUCAUGUUCAAGCAAGAUUCAGUAAAAGGUUGCACCUAAGGGUGGAACUAGUGCCGACCCUUCGCUAGAAAAUUACACUUAUAUAUAUAAUAAUCAAAAUUAUAUUAUAUGGACGUAUAGUAAAUGUUAAUCCCCUUAAUUUUUCAUGAGUUUACUUCUUUAUAUUUUAAAUUCUCUUAGUAAAAAUCCUGCACCACUGGCCGGUCGUACACCAAAGAGGGUGUAAUGUCCGCUUACCCUGAUGCAAACAUCAUGGGCUGAUUCCAGGAUUCGAACAUGUGACUAUAGGUCACAUGACGUCAAUUUUACUAUUGAUCCAAGAAUCCCCUCUUCUUAUAAUGGACAUACGUAAACACUGCUGUGUUAAUUGAUUUAUAUGCAGAGUUGUACAAUAUCAGUAAAUGCAGGAGCUUUAGAUGGAUUAGUAGGAUACAUAACAGCACAAGCAAGAUCAAACCCUAAUGAUAGAAGUGGAUUUGUGUUCAAGAAUUGUAAUGUGAUUGGCAAUGGACAAGUAUUCUUGGGUAGGCCAUGGAGAGACUAUGCAAGGGUUAUAUUCUAUGAUUGUACCAUGUCUAAUGUCAUCACUCCUCAGGGUUGGGCUGCUGGAAGAUAUGUUGGCAAAGAGAAACAAUUAACAUUUGCUGAGGGAAGUUGCAAAGGAAUGGGAUCAAACUAUUCAAAAAGAGUAUCAUGGGAAGCAAAAUUGAGCCAACAAGAGUUACAAAAAUUAACAAGUCUCUCCUUUAUUGAUGAUGAGGGUUGGUUUACCAAACAACCCCUAAAAGUACUUCUAUGGUUAAAUUGAUUAGCUUAGCCUAUAUGUAUAGUACUCAUAUGCACAAUUUGUAUUAGUUUGUUCUUUCUCUUUGGUGAUGAAAAGGCCACGUUUUUCAAUACAAUUGCCCACUAACGUAUGGCGAUUUGCAUUAAUAGGCUAUAGUACAUCCUGCCGGUUUUUAAUGUUGUUCCCAGUUUUGACAAUGGUUCAGAAUUGAUCCUUUAAUGAAAAAAAUUCCGACUACAA